CAGUUGGAAAACUGUUACAUUCGCUAACACACGACUCAGUAUACGCGGCAGAGAGCUUAAUUUAUGGUACUCUCAAGUAUCUUUGUUUCCUCCAGUUUUUAAGAUAGAAGAUGACGGAAGCUAGAUUCUCACGAGAUUGCAAUUAUCGUAUUACCGCUUCUUCUCUAGAUAAAUAAGGAAACAUUUACAGUUCAAGUGGCCUGUCUAGCGUGACGAAAUCUUUUUGUUGCAUUUCUUCAGAGUUUUAACAUUUUAAAGCCUUAAUUUGUAAUAUCAAUGAAGUUAUUGGCUUCGUUACGAAACAUUGGCUUCGCACUUAUAGAAAUCUAAGCAUCCUAAUAUUUCUCAGAACUUUUCAAGGUCGUUAAAUAAAUUGAUAAGCUAGUAAUAGAACCGUAGUGCCUCGCGAAUGGUAUACAAGUACGCUUCUGAUUUUCGUGGCAAGUAGAUGCUAACAAAAGCAGUAAAGAGAAACGGAUUUAAAGAAAAUUGCUAUAUCGCAGAGUAAGAGUAAUGUUUCGCAUACAUUAGUGUAACAUUCAAAGAGACUAGAAUUAAUUUGCUGUACGAAACUGAGACUGUACGAAAAGGAGGAGAAGGUGUUCCGUGAUCGCGCUGCAAUAAUUAAUUAAAUAUUGCUGAACUUUGAUCUCUCUCAACGAAAGAUUGAAUAACGAUAAGAUAAGAUGGCAUUUGAACUUUUAUGCUACGUGACAGUGGUGUUCAUUGCGUUGUAUUAUUAUUUUACGGCAAAAUUCAACUUUUGGAAGGAUCGGUCAGUUCGAGGUCCAAAACCUAUACCAGUGUUUGGCAAUAUAUUCUGGCCGAUGAUUGGCAAGAUAUCGAUUGGAGAAUACUUGCAGAAACUACACAACGAAUAUAAAGACGAACCUAUGAUCGGAUUAUUCGUACGAAGAACGCCUUAUCUUAUUAUACAGGAUCCUGAGCUUAUUAAAGAUGUUCUUAUUAAAGACUUUUCCAAAUUCGCGAAUCGCGGAUUCUUGAAGCAAGAAAUAGCGGAACCACUCUCGCAGCAUCUCUUCUCUUUAGAAGUAGAAAGAUGGAGGCCAUUAAGAAUGCAACUUUCCCCGGUAUUUACGUCUGGUAAACUCAAAGGAAUCUUCUCUCUGAUUUUCGAAUGUGCCAAACGUAUCGAGAGCUAUUUAGAUAUAUCGAUAGCGAAAGGAGAGCCUAUCGAGGUGCGAGAACUUGCGGCCAGGUAUACUACCGACGUAAUAGGUAGCUGUGCCUUUGGGAUUGAUGUGAAUUCGUUGUCGGAUAAAGAAAGCGAAUUUCGCCAAAUGGGCAAAGAAAUCUUUGCUACACACUGGAAGGCGGUUCUGAAAUUCAGGAUGAAGGAGUGCAUGGGAGAGUUGUACGAUUUGCUCGGUUAUAUCCUUCCACCAGACAAGGUGAACGUAUUCAUUGAGAGGAUCACCAUCGAAACGUUGAACUACAGGAAAGAGCACAACAUCGUUAGGCGCGAUUUCAUGAAUACGUUGUUGGAACUUCGGAAUAACCCCGAAAAAAUAAAGGAUAUUAAAUUGACGGACACUUUGCUUGCUGCACAAGCAUUCGUAUUUUUCGCGGCAGGUUUUGAAACUUCAUCGACGACGAUCAGCAACGCUCUGUACGAGUUGGCUCUGAAUCAAGAGAUACAAAAGAAACUGCGAGAGGAAAUAAAAGAAUUCGAUGAGAAAAAUGCCGGGGAUUGGAAAUACGAGACUAUAAAGCAGAUGUCAUAUUUGGACAAAGUAUUUAAAGAGACAUUAAGGAAAUAUCCAGCUUUGGCAUUCAUAUCCAGAGAAACAACGGACAAUUAUACUUUCUCGAACACGAAAGUAUCACUAGAAAAAUGCAUGAAAGUCUGGAUACCGGUAUUUUCUAUUCACAGGGAUCCAAAUAUCUAUUCAGACCCAGAUAAGUUUGAUCCUGAGAGAUUUUCCAAGGAAGCAGUAGAUGCAAGGCAUCCUAUGCACUAUUUGCCCUUUGGUCAUGGUCCAAGGAGUUGUAUUGGUGCACGUUUCGCAAUUUACCAAACGAAGAUCGGAUUAAUUAAGAUUCUGCAUAAUUAUGAGGUGCAUGUUUGUGAGAAGACACCGAUUCCAUACGAGUUAAACCCCUUUGCAUUUAUAAUAUCCGCGAAAGGAGGAUUAUAUUUAAACAUAAUUAAAAGCAAAAAUAAAUUCACUAAUUUUCGAAAUAAUUUUCUAUCUGCAUAAGAGAGCAAUACAGAAUGUUCAUGUGUUGCAUGUACCUGGUAUGAAAAUAUGAUAUUCUUUAUAGUAAUUCCUUUAUCAUAGAAAUAAUAUCAUAGAAAUAUAUACGUAUAUAAUAAAUAUAUAUAAACAGUGAA